UCCUCAGGCGGCCUCUGGCUUUCCCUCUUUCCCGACCGUGCUGAUCUUCCAGUCGCGCCCCGCUCGCCAUGCCCAUGGACCAUGAGCUCGCGCCCGUCGGCCCCCGCGACGCCGCUCAGUACAUCGCCCAGCUAGACCGUAGCGACCUCGCUCGCUACGCCGCGGACAAGUCAGACUUCCUCGACGGCUCUCACUACCCCUCCGAGGAGAAGCUCCAUGACCUCGCCUCUGUCACUACUGGCAGUCAGUACCGCUUCGGCCAAGAGUUCCAGCUCGAGGGCCAAAACCGCUACUUCCCCCAGCCUGAUGGUGAAAUCGAGGAAGACAAGGUCCUCGAGACUGCCGAGGACUUUUCGCGUGCCCUCGUCAGCUCCGAGGACGACCCAAACUUGCCUAUCCACACAUUCCGCAUGUGGUUCACCGGUCUGGGCCUCGCGGUCUUCGGCGCCGUGCUCGGAAUGCUCUUCCAAUUCCGACCGCAGGUCAUCUCUGUCUCAGCGUUGUUCCUCCAGCUGCUGGCGUAUAUGCUCGGUCGUUUCUUUGAGGCCGCCAUCCCCGGGCCUCACAGCCGCUGGCAUCGUGAUAACUGGUUCUGGAACUGGCUCAACCCAGGCCCCUUCAAUCUAAAGGAGCAUGUUGCUGCACAGAUCAUGGCCAAUACCGCUGCGACUGCCGCUCAGGCAUGCUUCGUCUUUGCCUCUGACGAUCUCUUCUACGGCAUCACGGUCAAUCCCGCAAAUGCUAUCUUCACACUCCUUGCAUCCCAACUGAUUGGCUAUGGCUUCGCCGGCCUCUUCCGGGCGUUCCUGGUGUACCCCACCGUCAUGCUGUACCCGCACAACCUAAUCUACGUCGGACUCUUUGACGUACUGCACCGGUACAAGGGUGAGAUGUUGCAGGGCAAACGGCUGCGGUUCUUCUGGGUCGUGACGGGCGCGGUGUUCGUGUGGGAGUGGUUCCCGGAGUGGAUAGCGCCGCUGCUUGGCUCGUUCAACAUUGUGUGCCUGUGCGCGCGCAACUCAGACUGGGUGUCGUACAUCUUCGGCGGCGCCGAGGCAAACGAGGGCAUGGGUCUGCUUGGCUUUGGCGUCGACUGGGCGAACAUCACGAGCAGCCCAUUCUACACGCCACUGUCCACGCAGCUCUCGAACUACGUUGGUUGGAUGAUCAACUACUUCCUCCUGCCUGCGAUUUUUGCCGCGAACGUAUGGCACUCCCAGAAUUUCCCAUUCAUCUCGCAAAACCUUCUCACUACGAUGUCGUCCACAGUCGAGAACGGCACUGUCUACAAUCAAACCCUUAUUCUUAACCCGGAUCAGUCGCUCAACCACACCGCAGUCGCGAUUUACGGCACGCCGUGGCUUAGCGGAUCGACUGUCAUCUAUAACCUUGGCGUCAAUAUGUCCAUUGGCGCGUGCUUCAUGCACAUCGCAUUGUGGUACGGCAAAGAUGUGCGUUUGACACUCACAGCGCGUUCCAGCUUCCGUCGCAAGCCGAUAGAUGAUUUGCACUACCAGAGGAUGCGGAUGUACAAAGAGGUGCCCAUGUGGUGGUAUGGUGCCGUCAUCAUUGGAGGUUUCGCUCAUGCAGUGUUGCCCCCUGCGUGCAGUCUCCCAUGGUGGGCACUCAUCGUAGCACUCCUCGUCGCAGGCAUAUGCCUGCCGUUCUACGGCGCGAUGUGGGCCAUUGCCGCGUUCACGCCCGUCAUUGCGGAGAUGUUCCAGAUGCUCGGCUCGGCGCUGAUUCCCGGCUCCUCGCAGGCGAACAUGUACUUCGAGCUCUACUCUAGCCAGACGCUUGUCCAGGCAGCAAGCAUGCUUGGCGACCUGAAGCUCGGUCAAUAUACCAAACUCCCUCCCAGGACAACGUUCGCUGUACAAAUGUCAGGGGCGAUUGUCGGCUCAUUGCUUAACUACGUCAUUAUGCAGUCCGUGGUCAAGAAUGAACGUGCGAUUUUGCUGGCCAACGAGGGUACACGUCUAUGGAGCGGACAGCAAGUGCAGUCGUACAAUGCGAACGCUAUCCUCUGGGGCGCUUUCGGAAGGGAAAUGUUUGGUCCUCAUGGGCCGUACUUCAUUGUUCCCCUCGGUGUCCUCAUCGGCCUUGCUCUGCCCAUCGUCCCCUGGGUUCUGUACAAGCGCUACCGCUGGGAGUGGCUAAAGCUCAUCAACAUGUCCGUGCUGGCCUACAACGUCGGUGAUCUUGCCGGUGGCACAAAUGGCUACGUCAACACAAUCAUGGUUGUCGGACUGGCCUCGCACUUCUAUAUCCGUAAAUUCCGUGCAGGGUGGUUCCGGAAGUACAAUUACCUCUUCGGAGCCGCUGUGGACGGCGGCGCGCAGAUCUUCGUCUUCAUUUUCUCUUUCGCUCUUGCGGGUGCCGGGGGCCUAACAGUAGCGUUCCCCAACUGGGCUCUGAAUCCUGCUGGAAAUGCGGUAAGUAUCCGAUACGUAGAUACAGGGGCAUCACGCUGA